AUGGCAGAUAAAGAAAGUAACGGUGAACGGCAAGAUUUUACACAACCAUGGAAAUUAAGCGACGUCGUUCUCGUGGUUGAAGGUGAAAAACUCCAUGUUCACGGAGUUGUGCUUGCCAUGCGCUCCCCCGUUUUCAAGAAGAUGUUUACGCCCGAAUUUCAGGAAAAAGAGAAGAAAGAAAUUUCCCUUCCCGGUAAAAAGGCUAACGAGGUGAAGGAGUUGCUUCAGAUUAUUUACGUAUACCGUACUGAAGAAGGGAACCCGCCUGAUGAACUGAUAAACGAGGAAAAUUGCCACUACCUCUUACGCCUCGCACAUGAAUAUCAAAUGGAAGCCAUUACUCAGAGAUGCGAAGACUGCAUUGUCAAAAUAAUGAAGGAUCCGGAUAUCAUUGCAGAGCUGGUAUUCGCACAGAAAUACAACUUAAAGAAGCUAAAGCAAGCAAGCAUUGAGCUGGCUCAAAGUCUUACUCUUCAAGAGUUGGAAAAGCAAAACGAUUUCGAUGAAAUCGAUUCAGAGAAUCUUCAGAAAAUUAUGGAAGGAAUGUCAAAUAAGUGAAGCACCUCAUCAGAUUUCUGGAGCAUCACAACGUUAAUUUUUCUUUUUAGGGGCAUCCAACGGGAAAUUUUGAAAUUUUGACUUAAAAACAACAACAAAGCAUGAUUAAAGUUUUCUGAAGUCAUUUUAAGCAUUUAGGGAGAUUGCUGGGGAAAAUUUUAUCUGUUCUUUACUCCCAACAAGACUGAUGGAAGAGUUCCCAGCCAGCAUGGUGCACCUACAACCUGCAAUCUGACUUACUGGAAAGUUUCGCAGCAGACUUAUCUCCAGAUAUUACGGACCAGUUUGGUUGUGGCCAAAGGACAUAAUUCAGACCGUAAGUGGGAGGGGAGUGAGGUUUAGGAAAGAUCGGUGUGGCAAAAAGGGCGACAUUUUCGCUUUCAGUGAAGGAGGGGCGGAAUUUCUGACAAAAAUCUACGUCACCUAUUCUAGACAUCAAUUCCCCUCAGACACCAACAAUUAUCUUUAUUUUUCCCAGCAAAACUUUCCGUCCCGGAACAUAUAAUUUCUUCUAAAUCUUCCAGCCUGCAAAAAUUGGCCUGAAGAGUAGAUAUUUUGAGGAACAGAUCCAUUGGAUGCCCCUGUUUUUCAUUUGCAUGUACUUUACACUGAAUAAAUAAAAUACCAGUUUUAGCCCGUGGGGGAGGUACUCAUGGGUGCCUUGAUCGCCACUUAGUUCACAGGGCACCAAGACUUACAGCAGCCUACUGGAAGCCAAAUUAUAGGGAUUUGGAUAGGGAACCUACACUCUUAUUUGUAAACUGCACAUUGAUCAUUAAAUGGGAGAUAAAAAAUUACCUGUUCUGUUCUUGAAUCUGUUGCGAGGCAAAGUGAAAUGGAGUGGGUAUUUAUAAGAAAUUGUUCGUUUAAGUGAAAAGAACAAUUUCUAAUGAAUACCCACUUGCCGUCUUAGUUAAAUAAAACAAAGGAUUAAGCGAAAGUCUUGCUUCGAGUUGCUUCGAGGAACGUUCAUCCAUGACAGCCUUUAGACACUAAUCGCCUUUCUUUCGAUUAUUACUCUUUUCCAUAAUUCGAUCCUUGAAUACCGCUUGAAUCAAGUUUAAUGCGCCUUUUUUUGUAAUUUUUUUACCUUUGCCGUAAAAAUUAAUAAUUACGAAAGAGUUCAGCAAAGAAGAUGGUUGUCUGAUCAUCGAAAUCGAGCCCGAGUUAGCCUUUUUUAAAAAAGGUUUAAGGUGUUCUAACGUUUAUAAUUUGUAGUCUAUGAAGUCUAUCGCACAUGUUUCAGUGAAUGCACCCCUGAGCAACUGUGUAGGUUUAAGCAAUUUAUAGUACAAGACUCAGAGUAAGUGUUGUCCUAGGUCAGUCUUCAUAGAAAACGACGGUCCCUCUAAUAAUAUAUAUAUUUUUUUAUCAGAUUCUGCAUUAUGCAUAAGUGCACGUUUUUAAAGCUGAAUUUACACAUAACUGGGACCGAUAGAAAGAAAAAAGAAUUAACUUACGGCGAACACAGAAGUCUGCCAGAAUCACAAUUUCUCCGUUAUUACCUCCUGGAAGUAAAUUGAAAACGAGUCGUCACACCUAACCACGGUGGGCGUAUAGGACGCAAAAUAUUACGAGGUAGAAACUACUUUUGCAUUUUUUAUUCAUUUGAGCUCAAACUUUGUAUUCCAAAAAAUCCUAUGUUUUUUGUUAUUUUUUUAUUUUGCUGUCAAUCUUGUGACGUCAUUUUCUCGCCAAUAAACGUUAAAAUCGAAAAACAACAAACAUAGGAUUUUUUGGAAUACAAAGUACCAUCCUGCAAAGUUUGAGCUCAAACGAAUAAAAAAUGCAAAAGUAGUUCCUAUCCCGUAAUAUUUUGCGUCCUAUACGCCCACCGUGGUUAUGUGUGACGACUCGUUUUCAAUUUACUUCCAGGAGGUAAUAACGGGGAAAUUGUGAUUUCCUGGAAUUAUGUGCAACUCUGAGAAAUGUUUAUAAUACUGGGAUCUAUUUUUAAUUCUGAGAAACGCUCCUUUAAACCCUGAAUUAAUCAUGAGCUACUGUAUAAUAACCGUCUGGUGGAAAUCAUCAAUAUUAAUCGUCCUCCUUCAGCGUUGUGAAAUUAAGUUUGCCAAAAGUUUUUAACAUUGGGUUAACUUUUAAUCCGCCAAUGGCACAUAAAGAAAGUAACGAUGAAAGGCAAGAUUUUACCCAAGCAUGGAAAUUUAGCGAUGUCGUUCUCGUGGUUGAAGGUGAAAAACUCCAUGUUCACCGAGCUGUGCUUGCCUUGUGCUCCCCCGUUUUCGAGACGAUGUUUACGUCCGAAUUUCAGGAAAAAGAGAAGAAAGAAAUUUCCCUUCCCGGUAAAAAGGCUAACGAAGUGAAGGAGUUGCUUCAGGUUAUUUACCCUACUGUAGAAAGGAAGCCACCCGAUGAAAUAAAACAGGAAAAUUGCCACUACCUCUUAAGCCUCGCACAUGAAUAUCAAAUAGAAGCCAUUACUCAGAGAUGCGAAGACUUCAUUGUCAAAAUAAUGAAGGAAUCUUUUUCAGCGAAAAAGAAUCCGGAUAUCAUCGCAGAGCUGGUAUUUGCACAGACGUACAACUUAAAGAAGCUAAAGCAGGCAAGCAUUGAACUGGCUCAAAGUCUUACCCUUCCAGAGUUACAAAAGCAAAAAAGUUACGAUGAAAUCCAUUCAGAGAAUCUUCAGGAAAUUAUGGAAAGAAUGAUAACACGGCUACAGAGUCAAUUAACUGAAGCUGAGCGGUCUCUAUCUUUUUAUUGCGGUAAAAUACCUCAUCCAAAAACUCGUUAA